GAAGCAGAAGUUUGGGAAAGUGGGCAUAGAUGCAUAGAUAGCGUGGGCAGGCAGAUUCCUUUCCCGGGUUUGAAAUAUCGGAUACUAAAGGAGAUGUGCAGUGAGAGCCGGGAGCACGGAUCGCUCCGUUACUGUCGCUGGUGGAAACGAAAUCACUGGCGGCGUUUGAUGGACAUUCGGACAGACUGCAGAAUCGAAAAGGAAUGGAGUGAUAUGAAUAGUGUCCGAGUGCAAGGUGUGAUUUCGUUUGCUUUUGAUACCUGUGCCACGUGACAGUCACCUGUCCUCUUUGCCCUUUCCAGGUCUCUAUCCUGUCGCCCCUCGACCUCAUUGGCCACAGGGAAGUGAAGACCCACCAAUGAAAUCUCUUUCCGUCACUGGGGUCCUCCAAUCCUGAUGAACUUGCUUUGCGUUGUCGGCAGCGCCACCAUAUUCCACCAAUAGAUUGGCGAUUAAUACACCGCAUAGUGCUCCGAAAGCUGUUUUAAUGUUGCAACAGAAUUAUUUUUUUCAAUGCCUCACCCUAUGAAGUAAAUCAUUCCAUGCGCCUCCAUGUCACGUAAAUAGCUGCGUUCCAAACAACCGUGUGGACGACGUCCAGGCUUCUGCCUUUGAUCAGCAUUUCUCACACCCGAUGUUGGCACUAACUUCUGCAGCUGGCACGGGAAACCAGGACGGCAGCAUUUUUGCUUGAUGACGGCUAAAUUUUAAUUGCAUUUCCUCCUCCUCUGUGAUUUAGCUGCUCUGCAGAACAGAAGGUCAGCACAGAGGGAAAGCGGCAGCACCAGGGAUCUGCGACCGGGGGUAAACCUCACGAAGAAGGGACAGUGCUGAGGGCGUCCUGCACUGUCGGGUGGCCGGAACUGAGAGAGUUUCAUUCUGUUGGACGGGCAGUUGACCGCCGCGGUGACUGCUGCGGGUUGCGUCAAUGGGUCGCUUGGGCAAGAAGAUUCAGCUGUCCUGUACCUGUGUCACUGGGGUGAUAGAGUGCCUUGGCUUCGCGGGCAUGUUAUUCGGCUGGCCCUCGCUCGUCAUUGUACUGAAAAAGGAGGAGUACUUCGCUGAUCUCUGCCCCCCGCAGAACACAUCCAACCACUCUGGGCUGAGGAAUGUAAGCUGUGUACCACAGGACGAACGCUUCACCCUCAUCUUCACCAUCAGCGACUUUCUUACGAAUUUCCUCAUCUUCGCCAGCGGUUUGCUGCUGGAUCGCUACGGCAUUAUGCUGACUCGCCUCCUGGCCAUAUUGCUGUUCACUACCGGCACCCUGUUGAUCGCGUUUUCCACUGCGGCGUCGGCGCUGCUGCUGUUUCCCGCGCUCAUACUCAUUGGAGUGGGAGGAGUCUUCCUACUGACAACAAACCUAAAGGCUGGAAUCUUGUUCGGGAGGAAGAGCUCCACCGUUAUCGCUCUGCAUACGGGAGCCUUUGGUUCAGCUCCGAUCGUGUUCCUAGUGGUCAAGGUGGUCUAUGAAGCUGGUUUCUCCCUGAAGGCCAUCUUCCUGUUUAUCAGCUGCCUCAGCGUCCUGCUCGUCCUGCGCACCGUAUUCCUCCUUCCCUGGGGACACAUCCCCUACCCACUGCCGGAGGGCUUCACCUACGGAGUGAAUUGCGAGAAGUUACGGUUGACCGCGUUCAAGUCAGAUUCUGCCAACCAGCUGAACGUCCUGCAGGGAGCAGACGAGAUGAGAGCAGACGGCAACGAACGGAAGGCGCAAGGCAGCGAGGGAUGGACGAACAGGAAGCAGGAAGUGGAACAGGAAAGGACCGAGCGACUCACGGGAGAGGCAGCGGGAGAGCACGGGGUGGAGGGAGAGACGGAAGAUGAAAAUAGCAGACACUCUGGAGAGGGAGGAGCGGAAACAGAAGGUAGGAACGAAGCGGCGUUGGUGUCCGAAGGUAUCGCGGAAGAUAGAAAUCAGUUGCCGGCUAAUCGAGCGAAUAUGCAACCAGCUGAGAUAGCAGGUUCGGGAGUCAGAGAGGAAAACGAUGCCUCCUUUCGGAACUCUGUCUUCUCCUGGUUGUUCCUGACCGCUCUGUUCUGGUCCACGCUUAGUCAGCUACGCCUGGUCUUUUUUAUAGGGACAUUGAACCCGCUGCUCGGCCUGCUGACGGAUGGCGACGCCACGCAAGUCAGCAGGUUGACCGCCGCCUUCGCCUUCACCCAGCUCCUCAAUAUUGUUUGCGCUUCCUGGAACGGGUUAAUCCUCGAUCGACACAAGUGGAGAGGCGGGCGUUCGAAGUGGGAGUCAGGCUCGGUCGCCUUCCGGAGACUGGCGGACAUGCAGUCGGCGGUGCUCUCCUUCGCCAUUACCGUCACCCUCUUCGUGCUCUUUUCCAUCUCCGCCGCUAUCCCCGUGCCGGAGGUGCAAUACCUGACAUUUGUCCUGUUCAUGCUGGCAGGAUCGUUCCUGUACGGUGGUAUCUCGGCUUUCCUCGUCAUGACGUUCCCUCCGCGCCACUUUGGGAAACUCUUCGGGAUAACAAGCAUCGUGGGUGCCCUGGUCAACCUGCUCCAGUAUCCUCUCUUCCUUCUCGUCAACGGCCCCUUGGAGGACAACCCACUGUACCUGAACAUCGCAUUCAUCGCCCUGGUCGCCCUGACUUACGCCCAUCCAGUCAACGUCUACCUCUACUGCCGACGGGAGAGCCGGCGGAGGGCACAGUGAAGCCCUCACCACUCCCCAAAGCCGACCCGUAAGAUCAACACCGCGGUCAGCUUUGUGUGUCACGUUGAAAAAUACAUUUCCAGGGCGUUACUAAUCCACUAAUAGUCAUAGUUAUAGUCAUAGUCAUACUUUAUUGAUCCCGGGGGAAAUUGGUUUUCGUUGCAGAUGCGCCAUAAAUAAUAAAUAGUAAUAGAACCAUAAAUAGUUAAAUAGUAAUAUGUAAAUUAUGCCAGUAAAUUAUGAAAUAAGUCCAGGACCAGCCUAUCGGCUCAGUGUGUCUGACACUCCAAGGGAGGAGUUGCAAAGUUUGCCGGCCACAGGCAGAAAUGACUUCCUAUGUGUUGCAUCUCGGUGGAAUGAGUCUCUGGCUGAAUGUACUCCUGUGCCCACCCUAUACAUUAUGUAGUGGAUGGGAGACAUUGUCCAAGAUGGCAUGCAACUUGGACAGCAUCCUCUUUUCAGAAACCGCCGUCAGAGAGUCCAGUUCCAUCCCCACAACAUCACUGGCCUUACGAAUGAGUUUGUUAAUUCUGUUGGUGUCUGCUACCCUCGGUAAAUCGGAGGAGGAGGUAUUAUAAUGGUAUUAGGCUGGAACUUGGGAGCAUAAAUCCGGAACAAAUGUGCUUGGGGAAAUGCAGAACAGAAAUGUAAAGAUUGUCUAGCAAGCAAUUGCACGGGGUUUCCAGUUAAGAGUGUCCCAGUACAGCCGAGAAAAGAAUACAGGGUGAAUCACGGUCAGCAGGAGACAUUGAGGAGGAAGAAAGAAGACUACUUAAGGUUCGAAAGCAAGGAUGAGACAGGGCUCGGGAAGAAUCUGAUGUAUGCUCUUCGGCGCCAUUAAUUCACUGUCACCUUGCAAUUCCCACAUAUUCUAACGCUGCCAUCACUUUUGAGUGCUGGCAAAGGAGGGGAUUGCCAUUGUGAAAAUGGUAACUGGUUCAAUCAUCUCGUUCCUGAGCCCCGCCUCAAUUUUGGGGCGAAGGACGUGCCUUGAAGAGCUUUGGUGUGGCUGAGAACAAGUCAAGCCAGGCAAAUCGACAAUGCGCUGGUCAAAAUGGCCCCUGAGCUCAGCUUCAUCAGAAAUGCUGGAAAGAUUUGAGUAAGCUUUCAUCUGAUACUCACCUAGGGCAGGCACCUGUUCUGGUCAGUGGCGCCCAGGUAAAUUCACUCCUUCUCGCUUAGUGUUUUGCUCUGGUAGUUGGCGCAAUUGGUUUUCGAGCUUCCCUUCGGCAAGUCUGGCAACAUGAAACGAUUCGGUAUCCUACGCCAGUGGAAUAGCCCCUGGGCUUUGCCCCUCCAUAUGGUCGCUAGGUCUGAUGGCAGUCGCCGCACAUGUGGGAAUUACCGAGGCCUUAGAGAGGUCACCACCCUCGAUCGUUACCCGGUCCCACACAUCCGAGACAUUGCGGCACGUUUAUCCGGGAAGUUAUUCUUUUUUCCAAGACCGAUUGACUGAAGGGUCACCAUCAGGUGCCUGUGUGAUCGGAGGACAUUCCCAAAACGGCUGUAAUAACGGCUCCGUUUGGCCUUUUUCAGUUUCUUGUCAUGCCAGUUGGACUGAAAAACGCUGCACCGACUUCGCAACGGCAGAUGGACUCUGUAUUAAGUGAAUUAGAUUUUCUUUUUGUUCAGAUGGAUGACAGACCUGUCGCCAGCACAUCCAAGUCCGACCAUGUAUCCCAUCUCCGCACACUUCUACACAGCUUAACCUAACACAGACUGAUAUUAACCCUAUUAAAUGUCAGCUUGUUUGUCAACUAUUGACUUUCUCAGCCUUUGCAUCUCGGCAGAAGGUGCGAAACCCUUCCCAUCAAAAGUAACGGCUGUUAUAGAUCACACCCCACCCCCUCACCACCACCACCACUAUAAAAAACAAGGGAAUUUUUAGGUAUGAUAAAUUUCCAUCGCUGCUUCAUCCGUGAGUUGCUGAUCUGAUGCUCCCCCGGGUACAGUGCCCUUAAAGACAAUUCCCCAUGACUGGUCAGCCGAUCAGGCCAAGGUGUUUGAUGAUAUUACCAAGAGCUCUUUCUAAUUAGAUUAGAUUAUUAGAUUAUGGGGACACUCAGCCCUCGUUCAUUGUCAUUUAGAAAUGCAUGCAUUAAAAAUGAUACAAUGUUCCUUCAGAAAGAUAUCACAAAAACACAGGACAGACCAAGACUAAAACUGACAAAAACCACACAAUUAUAACAUAUAGUUACAACAGUGCAAGCAAUACCAUAAUUUGAUAAGAGCGGACCAUGAGGAAGGUUAAAAAAAAGCCUCUCAAAGUCCCGAUAGCCUCAAAAUCUCACGCAGACGGUAGGAGGGAAAAACUCUCCCUGCCACGAGCUUCCAGCGCCGCAAACUUGUCGAUGCAGCAUCCUGGAAGCACCCGACCACAGUCCGACUCUGAGUCCGUCCGAAAACUUCGAGCCUCCGACCAGCCCUCCGACACAGGGCACCAAGCGCCAUCUCUGCCGAGCGGUUCGACCCCGCCCCCGGCCGCCAAGCAACAGGCAACGCCAAGGAUUCGGGGCCGUCCCCUCCGGAGAUUUCGGAUCACACGGUAGCAGCGGCAGCGAAACAGGCAUUUCAGAAGUUUCACCAGAUGUUCCUCCGUGAUCUCACGUCUGUCUCCAUCAAAUCAGGAUUGUGCACGGCCUCCUACUUGACAGAUAACAGACUUUCAUCACCGGAGAGGGCGGGCGCGCUGCGUCGCGCCUCCAGCUUCUGCUCCUCCUUCCGACUGGCGCACUCGCUCCCCAAAGCACCCAUAGCCAUCACUACUAACGCCCCAGAAUAUGCUGCGGGUGCUGUCUAAAAGCUUAUCCAACAACAGUCACGGGGCCUGCGGUCAGCCGACGUUAAGUUCGGUCUCUCUCCUGUGAGAUGUCUCAGCGCCCCCACCCUGCCCGCAGACUGAAGACAGACUGUUUUCGAUCUCCAUAUGGUCUGUCGCAUUCGGGCGUGAAGGCCUCACAGUAAUUGGUUCAUCUGAAGUUUCUUUGGUGCAGCCUCAGGAAGCGCAUGCGUGAUCGCACUGCGUACGGCGUGGAGUGCCAACGAGCGAAAAUUAACCGUCACGUUCGGGCGCCAUUGGCGCCUUUUGAGCUACAGUUUGACCAUGUCCAUGUGGACCUUGUUGGUCUUCUUCCUACUUCUCGAGAAGUUUCACGCACCUUCUUACUACGGAGGAGCACACCGCCAGGUCGUCCCUCGAGCAUCGACGACGGCCGCAGACGUGGCUCGGACGUACAUCAGCACCUGGAUUGCUCUGUUUGGCACCCCGUCUGAUAGGUCCUCCGACCGCCGUUCCCAAUUCAUAUCAAACCUCUGGGCUGCAAUGGCCCGGAAACACGACGUUUGGCUGCAUCACACCACGGCAUAUCACCCGCAGUCCAAUGGCCUAAGGGAACAGUUACACCGCUCCUCAAAGACUACUCUGAGGGCUUCCCUGACGGAUUGGUCAUCACCGUUUGCCGUGGGUCCUGCUGGAGCUAACAGCUCUAAAAGAGGACCUACAGUCGCCCGCCGCUGAGUUGGUUACAUGGACAGCCGUUACGAGAACCUGGUGAAUUUAUUCCCGACGCCACGACCACAUGGUCGGCCGCCCAGCAGCGUCCCACCCUCCUCAGUAAAUUAAAUCCCUUCUCACCUAGUCCUACCUCCCAUCAUGGUAUGCUGCACCCCAGGGCUCCUGCUGAUCUACAUUCCGCCUCGUUUGUUUUCGUCCGCCAUGAUGCACACCAACGCCCUCUUACCCCCUGCUCCCUCUCCUCCAACCCCAUAUUGUGGCCCGUUCCGCGUUUUGGAGCGAGGAGAAAAAACUUUGAUCAGAGAUUAAAAGGGGCAAACCUGAACGUAUUUCGGUAGAUGGUCCUAAAGUGGCUGCCAUGCCCCUGGCGUCACAACGUGACCGCGACCGUGUCAACGCACCUCUGGAUGAGCCAGACGCAGCUCCAUCCACGGAAUACUGGACCCGAGCCGGGCGGUUCGACCGAGAUCCGGACAGGAUUACCAGGCCGGUUUUAGUGAAUGCUGGUGGGGGGAGGGGUGUAGGGUAACGUCAUCGGGUGAAAAGCACCGACGUUGAGUUCGGGUUUCAUUUGAAGAGGCUGGUCUGAUGCGAUGGCAUUCUUUUACGUAAAAGUUUUCAGCUUUUUUGUGUGUGUGUGUGUGUGUGUGUGUUUAGGUCUUGGAGUUCAAUAAAACGCUUCGCGGGUUUCACUUAAGAUAAAAACGCCUCACUCUGUUUUAUUUGCGAAAAACUGCACAACCAGUCAGAAUGCUCUCCGAUGUCUAUCUGUUAAAGUUUGACGAAGUUUUAUGUGAAACAACGAAUGCACGAAAAAUUCAGUGGAAGCAGAUGCUCUGUCCGUCCUUUUUUUAAAUGGUACUUGUCUGCUGGUCCUAGGACAAAGCCUCUGAUAUAUUGACACCAAUGUAUUUAAAGUUCAUUACUACUAAAGUUCAUUACCUACUCUGGAAUAAAUCCAAUUCUUUCCUACUGCAUAGCCCUCAUUUUUUCUAUAAGCAUGUACUUAUUCAAGAGUUUCGUAAAAUAUCCCUCACGUAUCCGCCUCCACACAAACCCUGGCAUGGUGUUUGCCACGCAUUCAACAAUUUUUAUGUUAAAAAAAACUUACCUCUGUCUUUCACCCUGUACUUUUCCUAUAACAGCGUAAAAAUUAUUGGUUAUUCCUGCCACGCGAAAAUGUCCCUGGCUGUCAAUUAUCCUAAUCUAUCAUCAAAUCCGACUGACAGAGCAAAUCGUUUGGCACUUUUCCGGACUGACCUCCACCUGCCUCAUCUCAGCCGCGCUCUGCGUCCUGUUAACGUCCCGUUGUAAUCCUCGACAGUAUCGACAACACCAACAAGCUUCGUAUCAUAUGCAAACUUACUGACACCCUUCCAGUUCCUCAGGCGAGUCAGAGAUAACUUAUCUACAUGGGUCACCGGGCAUACAGUCUGAAUAGGCGCCAUCUAUAAUUAUCCCCUGCCAUCUAUGGGUAACAUGUCUGUAUACAUACAGCUAGUUUUCCCAGUAUCCCAUGCCUAUUGACUUUCGUAAUGAGUCAACGAUGGGGAACCUUAUCCAAGUCCUGACUAAAAUCACUAUAUACCAUAUCCACUGAUGUACCUUUAUGAUUUAAUU